UGGUUGCCAUUUUGUUUUAGGUGAGGUCUUUGUGUUGGAUGAUGGAGGAGAAGUGGAUUUGGAUCUGGGUAACUAUGAACGGUUUCUUGAUAUCCGACUCACAAAGGACAAUAAUCUGACCACUGGAAAAAUAUACCAAUAUGUCAUCAACAAGGAAAGGAAGGGAGACUACUUAGGUAAAACUGUGCAAGUUGUGCCCCACAUUACUGAUGCCAUCCAGGAGUGGGUGAUGAGACAGGCACGGAUCCCAGUAGAUGAAGAUGGCAUGGAGCCCCAAGUCUGUGUGAUAGAGCUCGGAGGAACGGUGGGAGAUAUUGAAAGCAUGCCUUUCAUUGAAGCAUUCCGCCAAUUUCAAUUCAAAGUCAAGCGCGAGAACUUCUGUAAUAUUCACGUCAGUCUAGUUCCCCAGCCAAGUUCUACAGGGGAGCAGAAGACAAAACCUACUCAGAAUAGUGUUCGUGAACUUCGGGGCCUGGGUCUAUCACCAGAUCUAAUUGUGUGUAGAUGUUCCACGCCCCUGGAUACCUCAGUGAAAGAGAAAAUUUCCAUGUUUUGUCAUGUAGAACCAGAACAGGUAAUCUGUGUCCAUGAUGUCUCUUCCAUCUAUCGGGUUCCUCUGUUGCUAGAGGAGCAAGGAGUGGUGGAUUAUUUUCGACACAGGCUCAACCUUCCCAUUGAAAAGCAGCCCCAGAGAAUGUUGAUGAAAUGGAAGGAGAUGGCAGACAGAUAUGAUCGCUUAUUGGAAACCUGUUCUAUUGCCCUGGUUGGCAAAUAUACAAAGUUUUCAGAUUCAUAUGCCUCUGUCAUUAAAGCCUUGGAACAUUCUGCUCUAGCAAUCAAUCACAAACUCGAGAUAAAGUAUAUUGAUUCUGCUAAUUUGGAACCAGUUACAUUACAAGAAGAACCAGUUCGAUACCACGAAGCCUGGCAGAAGCUUUGCAGUGCUGAUGGAGUCUUGGUUCCAGGUGGUUUUGGUGUUCGAGGCACAGAAGGAAAAAUUCAAGCCAUUUCUUGGGCAAGAAAGCAGAAGAAACCUUUCCUAGGAGUCUGUCUGGGAAUGCAGUUGGCCGUUGUGGAGUUUGCCCGCAAUAUACUUGGCUGGCAAGAUGCCAACUCUACAGAAUUUGACCCCAAAACUACACACCCAGUGGUAAUUGACAUGCCGGAACACAAUCCAGGUCAAAUGGGUGGAACCAUGAGGCUGGGCAAGAGAAGAACUAUCUUCCAAACCAAGAAUUCAGUCAUGAAGCAUCCCUUUUUUGUGGGAGUUCAGUAUCACCCAGAAUUCCUAUCCAGACCCAUAAAACCUUCUCCUCCUUACUUUGGCCUCCUCCUGGCUUCUGCAGGAAGACUCUCACAUUAUCUCCAGAAAGGUUGCAGACUUUCUCCCAGGGAUACCUAUAGUGACAGAAGUGGAAGUAGCUCCCCCGAUUCUGAGAUCACAGAACUGAAAUUUACUGCAGUGAAUCUUGAGUAAACUGCUGGUGUUUGGAAAUUCUUCACUGGACAACCCUACGUCCUGAGGAUCUUGUAGAUCAUGUUAUUAUAAUUGUUUUUAUUUUUUGGGGGGGGGACACCUUGUCAUUACUUUUAUUUUAUUUUUAAAAAGAAAUUAUUCCGAGAAACUGGCAUUGCUGCUUACUCGUGCUCAGCGGUGAGCUUACAAACCUGAAGUGCGGAAGCUGAGAGGCAGGAAGAGACGUAAGGAGGACACGUAAAGGAGCUUUAACAGGCCAAUGGAGAUGCUCGCAGAAGAGGCCACGCAGAAUCUCUCUUCAGGGUUUUGAUUCUUCUCCAGUGCUGGAGGUGCACCGUGGCAGGCUACCCCCAAGCUUUUAAAAGUAUUCUAAAACCAAACUGGUGCUACUAGACCUAACGUUGCUUAUUAACCUUUCCCGAGAGUAUGAUUUUCCUGUUCACAAGAUGCAGGGCACUCUGAGGCUAAGCAAGUCUGGACCCACAUUUAAAGAUGUUUUUGAAAAUGCGAGUGUGUCAAUUCCCCUCUCCCCCUGCCAUUUUACACAUUCACUGGGGGCGGGGGGGGGGGGGGAAGCAUGGUUUUCUUUUAGUUCAGCUUCCUGAACUGAUCCCAAUUCCUUGCAUCAAGGGGUGUGGGUGGCGGCGGGGGGGGGGGGGGGAGUACACGUGUAUGAAAAAGUGACUUUUCAGAAGUUGCCUUUUGCACCUCUCGUGGAGAGCUUUGCCUUGGACUCGAAAGAAGCACUGAGGGUUUCGGGGAGAGACCUCCCUACACGGAACCGAAGCGCCUCUGUUGGCGUGUGGGCCGUCCCAGGCACUUGUCAUUUACAGGGGGAUGCACCUGCCCAGCGACACACAGGUGCAGCCUUAGGAGAGAGAAAGGAUGAGCCUGCAGAUGUGGAAGGUUUUUUUUUUUUUUGGAAGAAAAAUGUGGUUUGAGAUCUUUUCCCAGAGGCAGGUUCUAAACUUGGUUUUCCAGCAAGUUAGGUGAAACAGUGUGUUAGUGCAAACAUAUUGGAUGUACAGAUCCUUUUCAGUUCAUUAAAACUUUGGGAAA